AUGAAGAUCACCAUGGGAGUCACAGGUGAGAAUGCCACCGGCUUCCUGUCUGUGCUUGACCCCCGCAGCGCCCAAGCUGCUUCCUUCCUAUUCAACUUCAGCUAUGGCGACUAUGAUAUGCCCUUGGAUGAAGAUGGGGAUGUGACCAAUUCUCAGACUUUCUUUGCUGCCAAGAUUGUCAUCGGUAUGGCCCUGGUGGGCAUCAUGCUGGUCUGUGGCAUUGGCAACUUCAUCUUCAUCAUUGCCCUGGCCCGCUACAAGAAGUUGCGCAAUCUUACCAACCUACUCAUCGCCAACCUGGCCAUCUCUGAUUUCCUGGUGGCCAUUGUCUGCUGCCCCUUUGAGAUGGACUACUACGUGGUGCGCCAGCUCUCUUGGGAGCAUGGCCACGUCCUGUGUGCCUCUGUCAACUACCUGCGUACUGUCUCUCUCUACGUUUCCACCAAUGCCCUGCUGGCUAUCGCCAUCGACAGAUAUCUGGUCAUCGUCCACCCCUUGAGACCCCGGAUGAAGUAUCAAACAGCCACGGGCUUGAUUGCCUUGGUGUGGGCGGUGUCCGUCCUCAUCGCCAUCCCUUCAGCCUACUUCACAACUGAAACGGUUCUCAUCAUCGUCAAGAACCAGGAGAAGAUCUUCUGCGGCCAGAUCUGGCCGGUAGACCAGCAGAUCUACUACAAGUCCUACUUUCUCUUCAUCUUCGGCAUCGAGUUCGUGGGCCCCGUGGUCGCCAUGACCCUGUGCUAUGCUAGGAUCUCACAGGAACUCUGGUUCAAGGCCGUACCUGGUUUCCAGACGGAGCAGAUCCGGAAGCGGCUGCGCUGCCGCCGGAAGACAGUCCUGGUGCUCAUGUGCAUCCUCAUGGCCUACGUGCUGUGCUGGGCGCCCUUCUACGGCUUCACCAUCGUGCGCGACUUCUUCCCCACGGUGUUCGUGAAGGAGAGGCACUACCUCACGGCCUUCUACAUCGUGGAGUGCAUCGCCAUGAGCAACAGCAUGAUCAACACCCUGUGCUUCGUGACCGUCAAGAACAACACCAUCAAGUACUUCAAGAGGAUCGUGCUGCUCCACUGGAAGUCUUCUUAUAAUGGGAGCAAGUCCAGCGCGGACCUUGAUCUCAAAACCGUGGGGGUGCCCGCCACGGAAGAGGUGGACUGCAUCAGGCUAAAAUAA